CGUGAUAAAAUCGUUAACAUUUAUUGAAAAAUCGACGUUGAAAAUAAUCUCAAGGAGUAAUUUGAAUAAAGAAUUCUCAAAAAUGAUUGAAAGCUUGGAAAAGGAAAGGAACGCAAAAUUGUCACAAGAUGCAUUGAAAUUAUUGAAUGUAACAGAGAACGAUAGACUUGAUGUUUUAAAACGCUACAAUGUGUCGCCAAAAGGUUUACAAGAUAUAAUUUAUUCGAUUCAAGAAUGGUACGAGAAACAGCCACAUCUACCAAAAGGGAAAUUGGAUAGUCAUAUGAUAUUUCAACAUUUGAUGCUAAAAGGUUUUAGUAUUGAAGAAGUUAAAGACAAAAUAGAUAAUUGUGUAUCUGGAAAACGGAAAAUGCCAGAACUACUACUGAAUAGAGAUCCUUUAGAUCCAAUUAUGAAUGAAUGUUUGAAAUUUGGAUAUUUUGUUAUACUACCAAAGAAGACACCUCGGAGCCAUCGUGUUACUAUCUUCAGAAUAAAGCAGCCGAUUGAUCUCGUUGCAUCGGACGUUGCUAAAAUGGCUUUAAUGUUACUAUCCUAUCGGAUGUAUACUGAUUCUUCACUCGGAGAGCAAUGGAUAUUUGAUCUCACCAAUGUAUCUUUUCAUAAUUCUGUACAAAUGACUCCAGCUCUCCUUACAAAACUAGUAUAUUUCAUACGGUUCUGUUACGGCGCAAAGAUAAAAGGAAUACAUUUUGUUAACAUGCCAUCAUUUAUAAUACCCAUUAUAAAUGUAUUGAAGAAAAUAUUAAAACCAAAAGUCGCUAAGAGAAUUUAUGUGUACAGUGACUUUAACGAACUUGGUGGUUUAUUCUCUAAAAGCAUUUUGCCAAAAGAAUACGGAGGUGAUGAAAUAACUUGCGAUGAAAUUACAGAGAAUUGGAGAAAAUCGGUGCAAUCAGACGCUUGGGUGGAAUAUUUCGCAGAACAGGACAAAGUAAUGAGCGAUGAAGCACUCAGGACAAGACAUUUGAAUUCCGAUGAUUUCUUCGGCCUUGAAGGAUCUUUUAGAAAACUCGAAGUUGACUAAACCUAAGCAUAAUAAUUGACAAUUACAAAUGUAAUGAAUUUAAUAUA